ACGAAAAGAGGCGCGCGCGCAGGGUGGAGGGCACGGACGUAUCGCCCGUUCAAUUUGCUAAUUGAAUCGGAAGCACGAGAGGCUACAGCUUGGCAGGCAGCAUCUCGACAGGGAGAGAGACCCUCCGGAGGCGUAGACGAAACCGAGCUCCGCCCUUGCGAUCCCACCCAUGAUCUCGUUCGCCAGACGACCUUGAGAGCUUUAGCUUCCAUGUCGGUUGGCAGAGUACUCGGUGAUCAUCCUUCUCAGUGACCCCGCGACUGCAUCCGAAAGCGCAUCAUCGAUUCGAUGAAGCAACCAUUCGCGAGAGAAUGAUAUUCCGUAUUCACUGAUAUUCCGCACGCCAACCAGACCUCUUCGUAUAUUGCGCGUUGGAACCUAAUUCGCGAAACUGUGAUAGAUUCUUUGUCAUCUUGUGAAAUUACACUUUUGUUCAUCCUUGUGUGUGUCGUCGCCGAAAGAUCGUGCAAGAUCACGCGAUCGCGAUCGCGAAAAUGCUCGGUGGAUUCGACGCUCAAUCGGACUAUUAUCCACAGUGGCAUCAGCCGUGCAAUUAUGUCACACAGCUUCCUUACGGUCCACUCGGUGGUCCAGACUCGGACAACCAAUCGACGUAUUGGGGGGCGGAUUCCGGUAUCUCCGGUGGUAGUUCGGGCGCAGGAAGCCCGACGGCAUCUACGCCACCUCUGAUAGAAGAGAUCGGCGUUCAGGAUUCAAAUUACUCGGCUCUUCAGCAAUACGUGCAUCCAAGCGCGAACGGUGCACAACAUUACUCGGCUUUAUUGUACCCUCAACAACAGCAUCAUCACCACCACCAUCAUCACCAUCACCAUCAUCCGCAGCAUCCUCAUCAUCAAGAAACGCAUCAUCAGCCGCAACAAGUGCAGCAGCAGCAGCAGCAGCAGCAGCAGCAGCAGCAACAGCAGCAGCAGCAACAGCAGCAACAGCAGCACAAUCAACGUAGAGGGGACGAAUUUACGAUGGCCGGUAUCGGAGGUGCCGGUGGGUCAGCAGUUUCGUUAAAUGGCGUCGGCGUCGGCGUCGGCGUCGGCGUCGGCGUCGGAUCUCUUCAGCAACAUCUUCAACAUCAAGCUGUCAGGGAAGGCAACCCGAUGGUCAGGCCUAAACGUCGAAAUACGGCUAACAAAAAAGAGAGAAGACGUACUCAGAGCAUUAACAACGCUUUCGCGGAUCUAAGGGAUUGCAUUCCGAAUGUACCGGCGGACACGAAGCUCUCGAAGAUAAAAACGUUGAGGCUCGCUGCCUCGUACAUCGGAUAUUUGAUGGCCGUGUUGGAAAGCGACGAAAGCGAGGAGCCUCAAACUUUUCGCGCCGAGAUACUGUCCAACGGUAGGAGAAACAAGAACGCUCAAUCGAGUCAGAGCGAGACGUGUUUGCAAUCUAUUUCGAACGUAGCGCACGAAGAAUCGUCCAAGAGCAAAGGCCGAACGGGAUGGCCGCAGCACAUGUGGGCCCUGGAAUUGAAGCAAGAAUCGCCGACGAAUCAAAUGCAAUAAAUCAAAGACCGUCCCGAUCGAAAAACUCAUUAUUUAACGUUCGACUUAGGACGGAUUAAAAAUUUAUUUAUAAACGAUUAUUGUAAAAACGAAAGAGAUCUCUCGCGCGUUGUACAUAUUUCGCGUUUAAAUUUAUGUGUAAAUAGAGAAUGCUCGUUGCUUUUAGCUGCUCGUCGAUUAAGUAUCGUUGCAAGAAAUGGAGAGAGAGAGAGAGAGAGAGAGAGAGAGGACAAUACGUUUGCGUCCUCCUGACGUUUCGAACGACUCUUUUAAGCGAGUUUAGAUAAAUACUUGAUCUCUUUGAGAAUCCUUUCUAUUCUUAAGAAUCCUCGCUCUUUGAUUCGUUCGUAAAGUUUUGUAUAAAGCACCGUUGAUCCUUAAAGGCUAUCAUGGCUGUAAUUUCACUCCAUGAGAAUUUUCUUAAAGAACGUAACCAAGCCCUGUACCAAAGACGAUGUUUCAAUCCCUAUUUAUUCGGACCGUCAGAAAUCUCGUCGACAUUAUCGUAAAACAUAUCAGUUCCUUCGCAUACUUUUCUAUACCUAAACGUAAGAACGAAAAAAAAAGUUGAUUCGGAAUGAUAUUCGGUGAUAGCUUUUAAGUCUUACAAAUAAAAGUCUGUAAAAGAUAUCAAUCGGCAAUAAUAAAAACGUCGUGUCACGAAAAUUUCUAUCGCAAUUUCUUCCAUCGCUCGCCACUUCGAUUUCGUUUUUCAAAAGGGUGCACGCGCGACGCCUUCGCUAACUUUUGAGCCACACGUGUCCGCAAAUGCAGGAAGUCGAGUUGCAGUUUCUUCCAAAAAUUUUUACGACGCAAACGUGCCUUCCACGAGCGUGCUGCACGCUGAGAAAUCAUUGUCCAAGACAGUCGGGUCUCGGGUUUCCUCGAUAUCCUGGCGCCACUACUUUGGCUCUGUCUCUUCGUCGCUCCGAUAGGUCCCUGCUCCUCUCGUAAAAAAAAAAAAAAAAGAAAACGAGAAACAUGUUCCUCCGUCGACACGCAAUAACGCAACGACCUUCGAUCUCGAUAACUUUGAGAAAAUUGGACAAACUCGACGCCCGAGUGUCCCUUUGCGGGAUCAUUUUCAUAUUCUCUACGUACGCGAUCCAAGUACAUACGUAUUUACAAAAUGAGUCAUAAUCUUUACGAACCCGAGAUAUCUCGCGUCGAUCGUCCGUAACGCGUUAAGAGCAAGUCAAAGUGUCAUCGUUAUGAGUUAUACUCGAUUAAAAAGUAUCGCAUAACGAUCUCUCUCGACGACUCGCUAGCUGGAGACUAAAUAUUUGCGGGCAUCGAAUCGAGCUCGUUCGUUGGCACGGAAUCGACGGACAUUGUGUCGAAGAUUACGAGGAGUUCGCUUUGUAGAUACGUCGACGGCCAAAGUCAAAGCGUAGUUUGUCGUUUGUUAUUUAUUUAUUGCAAUCGGUAAAAAGAACUUAUCACGGCACCGUAUCAUCAUCGUAUAUUUAUUCCGAUCUUCUUUCAUCGACGCGUUACACGGAUUUGAAAAUGAUACUUGCUAUCGACAUAGCCUCGAUACGUUUCAUUUAACGUCACCUAGAUCGCUCGUGAGCGUUUUUUAAUCGCGGGGAAGGAAAGAGCAGCAAAGAGAUAUAUGCUAAGGAAGCCAAUGGAAGGUGUUAAACGCAGGAGAGAAGGUGAAUCUUUGUAAACUUGUGCUUUGACGAAGCCCAGAACACCUCCCGUAGUCGGACGUUGCGGUGUAAACACUCCUGCGUUACCUAAAGAACUUGGUUAUUCUCGGUAGCAUCCCGAAGUGAUGCUGCCUGAGAUAAGCAAAGCGCCUCCUCCGUGAAUCCGUGAAAACGAAAGGGUCGGUGAAGGCUGAUCGAGCUCGUGGAAAGAUUAAGUUACGCUCUUUGAAAAUCUUUUUAUACCUUACGAUCGAACGAUACUUUAGUACCCGAAUAGUUAUUGGAAUUUUCAAUCGUCGUUAAGAUCGUAUCUCUCUAUACCCUACUACCAGUUCAUUCUCUCUCUCUAUUGUUUGAACCCUUAGCAUCCGGAACGAUACGAUCUUGCAGACUGAUUUUCUAUCUUUUAAUUAAUCGACUCGCAAUCGAAUAGGCUUAAUGGGAAUGACAUAAUUGAUACUAUAUGAGAAUACGUUCUCGUCGAGCGAUCUUUUCGGUCUGUAAAGAGAAAAAAAACGACGACGACGAUACCGACAACAACAACAACAAGAACGACGACGAC